AUGGGAGAGGUCACUAAUACUGUGGUUGGGAAAAUAAUGGACUUAUUGUUUAGUUCGGCUAAACGGGAGAUUGAUUAUGUCCGAAAUUGCACUAAAAAUGUUGACAAGUUGAAGAGUGAAACUCAAAAGCUCAAGGAUAUGAGGGGUAGGAUUCAACAACGAAUCGAUGCAGCAAAAGAAAAAGGAGAAGCUCUCUUAGCUGGUGUGCAGAACUGGAUGGACAAGGCAGACGAUGAAAUAUCCAAAGUGGGAGAGUUUCUUGAAGAAGAAGCCAACGCCAUGAAGACGUGCUUCAACUUACGACCUUGUGUCAAUUUGAGCAGCCUCCACCAUUACAGUAAGAUGUCGAUAAACAAAACCCCUUUUCUUCUGCAGCAUCAAGAAGAUGGUCAAACUUACGAAUCUUGUGUCUCCAUUCCCACUCCCACCCCAAAAUUUGUAGACCUCUACCAAACAAAGAAUCUUGAUGAUAUUGAUACCCACAAGUUGGCGUUGAGGGAAAUCAUUGAAGCUAUCAAAGAUGAGAGCAUACAGAUGGUUGGAAUUUAUGGAUCAGGAGGUGUAGGGAAAACUACAUUAGCCAAUGAAGUUGCUGCAGAAGUGAAGAAUCAAUUUGCAGACAUUGUGUUUAUAACUGUCUCACAGACUGUAGACGUUGAAAAGAUUAAGAAGAACGUUGAAGUAGCUUCAAAGCGGAUAAUGAUUAAUAAGGAGAAGGUUCUAAUUAUUUUAGAUGACAUAUGGGGAAAGCUAGUCCUCUCUGAUGUGGGUAUUCCAUGUGGGAAUGACCACAUGAAUUGCAAGAUCUUGUUGACGUCUAGAAACAGAAAUGUAUGUGAAGGGAUGAACGUUGAUAGGAAUAUAUGCGUAAACGCUUUGAAGAAGGAAGAAGCGUGGGUACUCUUCAAACGUAUAGUUGGUGAUGAAAAGUUAGCGAAUAAUUCUAGUCUGGAGAAAGUUGCAAAAGAGGUGACUGAAGAAUGUGGUGGAUUGCCCCUCAUCAUUCAAGCGGUGGGAAAUGCUUUAAAAAAUAAAAAAAUUGAUAUAUGGGAGGCGGCACUUGACCGACUAAGAAAGCAUGCCCCUCUUGAGAUUGCUCCAGAGAUAAGGAAAGCAUUUACACAUCUGAAGCUGAGCUAUGACUUACUUGAAAGCAAAGAAGCUAAAUCAUGCUUCUUACUGUCUAGUUUGUUCAAGGAAGAUGAUAUCAUAUAUACUUUACGUUUAGUAGAAUAUGGGGUGGGUCUGCGGAUAUUUGAUAAUCUGGAUAGCAUUAACGAUGCCAAAAAAAGAGUCGAAAUGGCAGUUGACACUCUCACAUCCUCUGGCUUGUUAUUGUCGGUGGGAAACAAGGGAGACAAGGUAAAAAUGCAUGACGUUGUCCGUGAGGUGGCUUUGUUAAUAACUUCUUUUUCUGAAGGUGAAGAGAAGGAGAAGUUUUUAGUGGAGGCGGGAAAAGAUUUGACAGAAUGGCAACCAAGAAACAAAACCUUAGAAAGCUACACCAAGAUCUCACUCAUUGAUAAUCGAAUUGGUAAGCUUCCAGAUCAUCAGCUUCAUUUCCCACUCCUUGAUACUUUCCUUAUACGGAACAAUGGUCUUUCGAUUAUUCCUGAUGAAUUCUUUGGAGGCAUGAAAGAAGUUAAAGUUUUAGAUAUCUCUGGUAAUAACAUCACAUCCCUCCCACAAUCACUGAAGCUGCUCACAAAACUCAUCUCGCUCGAUCUAAGUGGCAAUGGAUCUCUCAAUGAUAUUUCUAUAGUUGGGGAGCUAAAGGACCUGGAGAUUCUACAGGUUAGAGCGACCAGAAUUGAAGUGAUUCCUGAAGAGAUCGGUCAAUUGACCAACUUAAGGCUGUUGGAUGCGCGCCACUGUCCCUAUCUAUCUCAUGUAACACCUGGUGUCAUAUCAAAGCUCACUUGGUUGGAAGAGUUGUAUUUUGGAACCUUUAUCAAUGACAAGAACGCAGUGUCUCGCUUUGGUCUUAUGGAAAUAAGUAAGUUGAAAUCCUUUAGAGCUCUGCAUUUAUGGAUGGUCCCAGAUGAUUGUCAUAUUUUUCCGGAAGGCACCUACUUCGAAAAGUUGAAAGAAUUCUAUUUUCGAUUUUGGAACGGCAAAAGGUCUUUAUUUGAGAUAGAAUCAAAAUCAUAUUUAAAACGUCGACUACACAUUUCAGAGUCUAACUUCCCGUUCAAGAUGCCAAUCAAGAAACUGUUUCAGGUAAGUGAUGGUAUAGUACUACGGAGGAUAAACGAUUUGGAUGACAUCAUACCAGACCUUUAUGGAGAAAGUACUAUUGAUGAAUUAAAGUCUAUUGAAUUGGAGGAAUGUGACAAAGUUUCAUGCUUGGUGAAGAGAACGGAUGAGGAUGAGGAUGCAACACAAACUUUUGUUGCACCCAAUGACCUGAUGCUUGGUCAAAGGAAAACAACAAAGGAAAAGUAUUUCUCCCACGUGGAAAAAAUCUGUCUGAUUGGCCUUGAUAACCUGAAGCUUCUUUUUGAUUGUUCAUUUCAAUAUAUAAGCUUGUGUAAUCUACAAGUCAUUCAAAUUUUUGGUUGUCCUUCCUUGUUGAUGGUAUUCCCGUUAAGUGUAGCACAAGGACUUUCCAAUCUGAGACGUAUAUCAAUUCGGGGGUGUAAAAGUAUGAUGGUAGUGAUUUCUGGUGGAGAUGAGCAAACAACUCAUAAUGACAUUGAGUUCCCUAGACUUACCCAUAUUUCCCUUAUGGAUUUGCCCCAACUAAAGAGCUUCGACUCUGGGGAUUCUACAGUCAGAUAUCCUUCUUUGGAGUUUAUCAAGGUGAGAAAUUGUGGUACCAUGAAGAGAUGGGGUUCCGGAGACCACGAUAUGCCCAACAUCAAAUUUGGUGAUGAUGAAGAGAUCCUUAAGUUGUUCCAUUCAUGA